AUGAGUAAAUACCGAACCAGGAGAAACCAAUACAAUACGGACACCCUAUUCCAAAACAAUGUUGGAUUGAGUACAAAUAUCUCAUCGAGCACUUUGAGACAUACAGCCCCUUUGAUCUCGUUUCCUAAGGCAAAUAGGUUUCACACUCAAUCUCAAUUUCAAUUGCCAACCAAAUUGGAAUUACCAUCACAAUUGGGAAAAAGAUACACUCAAUAAGGUUUUGGGAAUAAGAAGGUGUUUCAAUAUGAAUGGCAAAAGGUGAAUGCCAAAGAUUUCCCGAGUCCUGAUAGAUAUCGAGUGGGAUAAGAGCCUGGGAUGGAUCAAUUGAAACGAUCAUUUGGUUUGGGAUGGGAAGCUUACUCGAAGACAUACCUCCCUUACAAUAAACAUUAGGCUCCUGAGGUGGCCAAAUUCUUGCCAGGUCCUGGAGAAUAUAAUGUACGUCAAGAUCUGGGUCAACAUAGAUAUUAGUUUUAAUUGAAGGGCAAAGGGAAGAUGUUCAAUGAUCAAAGAGAGAAUGGUGUUCCUGGGCCAGAGACUUAUUAACCUCAAAUUUCAUUGAUUGUUCCUAAUCGAUUUUCAAAAAUCUCCUAGGGGAUAGGUGAGAAGAGGAGUCCAUUUUCAUCUUUGAGUUUCACUCCUGGACCUGGCAGAUAUGAGUAGAACUCGGCAUUUGAUAGGGUUUCCAAGAAGAGAGAAUUUAUAACGAAGCCAGGAGAGAAGAGACCAUUCAUAUGAUUGUAAUUUAAAAAUACACUUCAUUUUAGUGGAUACAUGUAAUU